AGAAAGAAAGUGAGAGGCGCGUUUCGGACGCCGCACCGCGCCGCGCCGCUCAAACAAGGAAGGAGGUGAAAGAAGUGCGUUUCUCUCGGGCUGGGAAGCGGCUCCCGGGGGGAACGACGGCAAAAACGGAGACGAUGGGAAGAUGGGAAAGGCGGUGCGCCGUUUUCAGACGUUCCGAACGUUCUCCUCCCGUGAUGCUCUUUGCUCCAUUUUAAAGGCGCGGGCGGGGGAGGGGGGGUCAAGACUGACAGAGACACUCAUAGGAAAGAAGGGGAGGACACACGAGUGCUGCUGCGGACAGGAUUAUAUGGGACGGAAAGGCUGCUACAUUGUAUAUUCCUCUUCAUAACGUCGCCGUGGAACAUCAUCAUGUCCUGUCAUCUAAUGUAACACACGAGUGGUGUCGCUCUUUGCACCAGUUAGUUGAGGCUGUUGUUGAGGGGGGGGGGAUAAGUAGACACACACACGGAGUAAUUUCUUGAAGAACAGGAGGGCAACAACCGGACUGUCCCUCCCUCCUUCACACACACAGCGCUGUAGCCCCCCUGCGCGCGCGGGGGCGGUCCGUACGCCGCGGAUGCGACUCCAGGAGACUUUUAGUGUGAAAAGCGCAGCUUCUGCGCUCUGCGUCUGCGGGCAGCGGCGCCGCGUCUCGAGACCGCCCCGCGCGCGCACGGACGCCGACGCGAAGCGCUCUCCGUCCAGGGCGGAGCGCAGAAGAGGAGCUCGGCGCGAGCAGGUGCCACCUGUUUGCCCAUCAUGCGCUGAGCGGCCCGGCGGGAGCAUGAAGCGGAGGUCCCGGAGCUGUGGUACCAACGGUGAGCUUCAGGGGGCGUUCUCGCGUGACUCCGACAAGAGGAGGCAGGAGGAAAGGCGACCGAUCCUGUUCAGUGUCUGUUUCCUCAGCCACAGGUGCCUUCAGGGGCUCCAAGAUGAGCGGGACCCCGCAGAGGGAGGUGGAGCCAGUUGGCGGGGCCCAGUGCAAGGUCACCCUCGUGGUCGACGGAACCCACUUCGUGGUGGACCCAGCGGCUUUCAUCGCCCACCCUGACACCAUGCUGGGACGGAUGUUUGGAGCGGCCCGUCAGCACAGCAUCACGCGGCCCAACGGGAAAGGGGAAUACGAGCUGGCUGAAGGCAUCAGUGCCGCCAUCUUCCAGGUCAUCCUGGACUUCUACAAGACGGGCGUGCUGCGGUGCCCGGACGGCGUGUCCGUGGCCGAGCUGCGCGAAGCGUGCGACUACCUCUGCAUCAACUUUGACCACAGCACGGUGCGGUGUCGUGACCUCAGUGCCCUGCUGCAUGAGUUGUCCAAUGACGGGGCGCGCCGGCAGUUCGAGGUCUUCCUGGAGGAUCUCGUGGUGCCAGCCAUGGUGUCCAGCGCCCAGGAGGGAGAGCGAGAGUGCCACAUCGUGGUGCUGACCGAUGACGACACGGUGGACUGGGACCGGGAACACCCGCCGCCCAUGGGGGAGGAGUACUCCCAGAUUCUGUACAGCACCAAACUGUACCGCUUCUUCAAGUACAUCGAGAACCGCGAUGUGGCCAAAGCACUGCUCAAGGAGAGGGGUCUCAAGAACAUCCGCAUUGGCAUCGAAGGAUACCCCACCUGUAAGGAAAAGGUCAAGCGUCGGCCCGGAGGGAGGUCAGAGGUCAUCUACAACUAUGUGCAACGGCCGUUCAUCCAACUGUCCUGGGAGAAGGAAGAGGGCAAGAGCCGGCACGUGGACUUCCAGUGCGUCCGCAGCAAGAGCGUGCCCAACCUGGCCGGGGCCGGGGAGGGCGUGGUCAGGGGUGGCUCUGUCCCCACCCCGCAGGUUGAUGAGCUUGACCGCCUCAAUGGCCCCACCCACCGGCUAUCCAUCCUGCCGACGAGGACCCCAAACGAAAGCUGAGGGGCAGCCGUCGCCCCUCGUCCGCCACCACCAGCUUACGUCCGGAAUGAGUCGGCGCUGAUUCCUGGGUCUCCUGCAACCUGGACCAUGUCGGUGUCCAUCUGCCACCCUCUUCCUUGCAUGAUGGAUGCAUCACAGAGGCCUUGGCUCGAGAGGGAUCGUACAGAGCGCGCCUUUGUUCCCUUCCUGUUGUAGGACAUCCCAUUGCCUUGUUCAACCUGUGAUGUUGAGGGCUGCAUGCUGGGUGUUCUGAUGGUGCCAGGAGUGGGAUCCAUGGGCUUUCUUUGUGUUUUGGGGUGGACAUUGAGGUGAUAUUGCUGGGAGGGAGCCAUGUGACAGUCUGCUGUGAUGGGAGAUGCCACCGACCAAUGAGGUAACAGGUCUGUUAGACAUGGCAGGAGAGGUGGAGUAAUUUUGAAAAAGUUGGGUGUCCCUAAGGGGCGGGAUUUGCAGGGAGACAUACGGCCCCCUUCUUUCUCAACUGAUUACAAGCUUCGGGAGUGGGGGGGAUGCUGUGUGUGUUCCAGGGUGCUCAGCUGAAAUCCCACAUAUCUCACUCACCCUGGUCAUUCUCUGCAUGAACAGUGAUGCCGUUUCUUCACCGUUGGCUGUCCUGCCAUCAUCACUGGGGGUUUGUAUCUUUCCGGAAUGUAUGGACAAGCUCUUCCUUUACAUGGUUUUUCUUUAAUUUUCUUAAUGACGGUGGAUGAUGGAGGAGGGUUUCAGGUGUAUAAUUAUAUUUUGAGUGGUUUGUGUAGAAACGCUGCACCGUUCGAAAACAUUGUCAUUUAAAAGUAUUGAAGAAAUAAAUGUGCACAGAUCUGA